AUGGAUUCCACCAAGGAAGGUCAGGCUACUAAAACACCCAUCAUGUCGGAACUUGAGGCAAUCAUUCAAAGGCAACAACUGCAGUAUGAUGAUCUUUCCAAUCGGUUCAACCAACUUACGGAACAAUUAAACAACACCAUCAUACCAAUUCAAAAACGCCUCGACAAAAUAGAGCCCGAACACACCCCUAUCCAAGGAAUCCCAACACACAGUAGUGGUACUACUACUACUGAAGUGACUGAUUUAAGCUCCAAUAUUGAGCUAUCCAAGAAGGUAUUCUUAUUCCCAGAGUAUGCUAAGCUCAAAGAUACCAAGAACUUUGACUUAUGGGAACAAUCACUUUCCAUCCAACUUGGUUCCCUUCGUCUGGAGGAAUUUCUGAAAAACCCAUCAAUUGCUAUUAGUUACUCACAUCACAAUCAAUGCUCCCUGCUCAUACUACUUCGGGAUAGCUGUUCUGAGGGCCCGCGAGCAUCAAUUGCAUGGAUUCACAACCCAACAGAUGCCUAUCUAUCGCUAAAACAACAGUACUCAAAGGGCCAGGCAGCCCAACGUUGCAAUCUCUACGAUUCCUACCACAACCUUACACUCAAAGGGUACAAAGGAACACUUGAGGCGUUUAAUUCAGAAUUCAACAGCUGCCUUACCCGACUUCAACUUACUGGAGUAAGUAUUGACCCUUUGGAUCAGGCAAAUCGAUAUCUUACAACUGUUGGUCCUGUUUUCUCACAAUGGGCUGCAAUACAACGCAACAAUCUCCAAACCAAUGCCGUCUUAGGGAUUAAUACAACAUCCCUCAACCUGCAAUAUCUUCAGACUAACUUACUGGAAGAACAUCAAAAUCCUGAUAGUCCCAGUUUCCAAGCAUUCAGUCACAGGAUAACUCAACUAUCCAAAACACCAGACAAUAGGUCUACUAGACCUAGUCAACCCAACCGACCCAACCGAACCAAUCGACCCAAUCGACCCAAAUCACCCGACAACCGACCCAACCAACCCAAUCAACCCAAUUCACCCAAUCGACCCAACCGACCCAAACGAUACAAUCGAACCAAAAACUACACACCAGACAAGGGUACUACUAGUUUUCUGACUGGUGACUACAGCCUAUCAACUGGCUGUAUGGGGUUACCUGAUUCCUGUCAGGAAUCAGAUACCGACUCUGAUUCCGAACAAGAAUUAGUACUGUUACCCGAUUUAGGUAAUAUUGGUAUGACAUAUCGUGUUGAUGACGACGAUACGUACCGAAUGGGCCUACUUUACGAUACUGGCUCAACCUGUCAUUUGGUCAACAACCGGCUUAAGUUUACGACUUUCCGACCCAUUGCGAAAUCCCAAGCAAAACCAAUUACAACAGGAGGUGGUCCAAUUUAUCCCAAAGGUAUUGGCUGUGCUGAAUUUACUGUACUAAUUCGCACCAAUCCAUCUGUCUACGGUACUCUUGUUUUACAAGAAGCACUGUACAUUCCGAAAUUGGAGGUCAGUAUUGUUAGUGGAAUUCGCCACUAUGCGUCUGGAGGAACACUCAUCAAGGAACAUCUAUACAACUCAAAUCGACAGUUAUGUGGACUCCUCAACUUCCAGAAACACGGCUUCUUCCUACAACAGCAAGGUCAACAAACGCCCUAUCUGACGAAAUCAGAUACUUCCCACUCUAGCUACUACAGUAGCUACGGAAUUAUAGUCGAAAUUCCCUCCCAACCCCCCCCCUGGGCUACCGAAGCAGAGGAUUGGUCGGCACCUUCAACGGUGCCUCGGUCGGCACCUUCAACGGUGCCUCGGUCGGCACCUUCCCCAGUGCCUCGGUCGGCACCUUCCCCAGUGCCUCGGUCGGCACCUUCCCCAGUACCUCGGUCGGCACCCAGAUCGGUACCUAGCCCAACUGUCAGUUCGGCUACACCAAGGGACCUUACUAAGGCUACCCUGUUCAAAGACCCUAUAGAAGACCCAAUUCCUAUAGAGGCAACAGACCAACUAGUAGUCCCAACUACUAGUCUUGGGGAACAAGUUCUUCCAACUACUUGUUCGGAAUCCAACAACCAGUCUUACCAAAGACUAUUGCAACAAGCGGGCAUUUGGCACAUUCGACUGGGACACAUCAGUCUCCCACUCUUGAAAAAGACCAGUAGUAUUACUACUGGACUGCCUGACUUUUCGACUAUUCAGGCUGCCGAUUUCCAAUGCCUUGCCUGUAUUCAGGCCAAAUCCACUAGACGCCAGUCUAGGGAUCCCAUCGACGAUCCAGACCAAGUUCUUGAUUCAAUUGCGGGUGAUACAUUUGGGAUUCGACCAGUAUCCUAUGAUCGUAAGUCUGUGGGUCUUAUACUAAUUGAUCGAAAAUCCCGCUUCCGUUGGGUAUUAAUCUUACCCAACAAGGAGGGAUCAACUGUUCUCCAGGCUAUUCGGAAUCUCUUCAAAAGCCUAAAACGACAGUACAACUGUUACCCAAAACAGUUAUUUUUCGACGAGGGUACAGAAAUCAACACAUUGCUCCAGACUUGGUUGGGUAAGAAAGGAAUUCUAUUCGACACAUCUUGCCCGUAUACGCCCGAACAGAACGGACUUGCCGAACGGUCCAUACGAGUCAUCCUAGACCGACUACGUGCAACAAUGAUCUGGGCAGGCCUUCCACUUUUCCUCUGGUCUGCCGUUCUUCCUGCUAUAGUUAAUCUUGUUAACUAUACUGCAAUUUCGAACCGGGAUUUAAGUCCUACCAAUUACUGA